GAAGGGGGCGUGGAAGUGGUAACGCAAGCUGAGUGCUUGAGCUAACACGCAUGCGUAAAAAACAAGAGUAAACUGCAUUACUGGAGAGAAGGAAAGUAUAUUGAAUCAAGAGAUCAUGGAGACUGAACCUAGAGGAAAAAGGCCCAGCUUGGAGCUGCGGAAAGUGCGUUCCCGCGAUGCUGCUCGCUCGCGCCGCAGUCAGGAGACGGAGGUGUUCUACCAACUGGCGCGCACCCUGCCCCUCCCCCGCACUGUGACAUCACACCUCGACAAGGCUGCCAUCAUAAGGCUGACCCUGAGCUACCUGCGUGUGCAGCACCUCCUCUCAGCAGAGGAGCUGGGGGCGGAGUCAGAGGAGGAGACUGAUGGGUACUUCCUGCGCGCACUGCCAGGUUUCGUGAUGGUGCUGUCGGCAGAGGGGGACGUGGUGUACCUCUCCGAGAACGUGAGCCAGCACAUCGGGGUGCCGCAGCUGGACCUGGUUGGGCAGAGAGUGUUUGAUUUCAUCCACCCCUGUGACCAGGAGGAGUUGAGAGACAUCCUGACACCCAGACAGCGUCUCUGUGUAUUGGCAGGUGUUGGUAAGAAGCAGUCCCAGGAUGUUCACACUGAGAGGAGUUUCUUCCUGAGGAUGAAGAGCACCCUGACCAGCAGGGGGCGCACCCUCAGCAGCAAAUCAGCAGCAUGGAAGGUGCUUCAGUGUUCGGGACACAUCCACACGUACAGCUCUGCGGAGCCCCCCCUCACCUGCCUCACUGUGCUGUGUGAGCCCAUCCCCGACCCCUCACACAUCGACUUCCCCCUGGACAGGAGCGCCUUCCUGAGCCGGCACAGCAUGGACCUGUGCUUCACUCAGUGUGACGAGAGGGUCACUGAGUUGCUAGGAUACAGUCCUGAGGAUCUGAUUGGCCACUCCGCCUACGAGUACCACCAUGCCCUCGACACUGAUCAUGUGACUAAGAGCCUGCAGAUCUUGCUGUCGAAGGGGCAGGUCUGCACCGGUCACUAUCGCUUCCUGGUCAAGCAUGGCGGCUUCGUGUGGGCCGAGACUCAGGCCACCGUCCUCUACAGCAACAAGAGCACCCUGCCCGAGGCCGUGGUGUGCAUCAACUUCAUCCUCAGUGGGGUGCAGGACUCGGGGAUCGUGUUCUCAGUUGAGCAGAUGGAGCGACCCCUGACCCCCAAGUCCAAGUCUGAGCCUGACAGUGUUGUUAUGGAGACGAGUGCGGAGCUGUUCCUCAAACUGAAGGAGAGCCCAGAGGAGCUGACCCAGCUAGCGCCCUCCGCAGGGGACAGCGUGGAACCACUCACAGACUCUGCUGAGCUGAAGAUGUUCUCUUUCCUGCCUGCUCGGGGCCCCUCCCCCCCUGCGGCCCCCCAGGAGCUCUGCACCCCAGAACUGCGGAAGCUCCUCGCCCCCAUCUUCGAUCCUGUCGCCAUGGAGACCAGUCCCUCCCUCGCACCAAGUGACAGCCUCUCUUUCGAUAUGGACAAGGUUGAGAAAUUAUUCGCUGCGAGGAAGGAGGAUGAGGCUCCGUCCACGACCCAGGAGUAUGAAGGUCUCGAUCUGGACAUGCUGGCCCCCUACAUCUCGAUGGACGAUGACUUCCAGCUCGCCUUCCUGACCCCGAACCUGGAGCCAGACCCCCCCCGCAGCGGCACCGCCAAGAAACGCGCUCUGGACUUGGAUGACUGUCCCCUCCCGAAGCUUAGUGCCCUGGAGUAGCAGGACAGUGAGGAAGUGCAGCUGAGCGUCGCCCUGUGGCUUCCUGUCCCACCCCCUGGAUUCAAAAGCCCUCCUGGACCCUCCCCUCUGCCUGAUUGGAUGAUGACGGGGCUCACCACGCCCACACGCUCUACUGACCCGGCCCUCAGGCUGGCUGAACUUCAACUGGAUAAUCCCGGCAGCACUGCAGGACGUUUAUUACAACUGAGCUCGCUACUUUUCAAUGUUUAUUUCAGGACUCACAGCAUACUGUAAUAAAUCCCUCCCCUUCUAGAGUAUCUGACUGGUUCUUCAUUGGGACACCUUGUUAAUUACACAGCAGCUUUCACCACUCUGUUUAGGAGUGGAUUCUGACCAGCUGAGUUGGGAUUGGGAUAUCGGAGCUAUCCACAAAGACCCGUAAGAAAGCAACAGGUUUGAUUGAUGCCCGUUCCGUUUGAUUUUGCUCAGCUUGGAUAUCUCCUCCCUGGCUGCAUUCGCUCAGCUGCUGGUCAGAAGCAGAGAAUAAACUAAGAACAAAGGCAUUGAUCAGCAAAGUACCAGCAACCAGCCUGCUGCACAGUCAUUGAGAACGAUGGCAUUGAUCAGCAAAGCACCAGCAACCCGCUGCACAGUCAUUGAGAACGAUGGCAUUGAUCAGCAUUGAGGUGGAAAGACUCUACCUCUUUUGUGAGCUCGAAACCAGUUUUGCAAAGAUACAAAGUAAAGGGACUGGGUCGACAGGUUGGAAUGAACACCACCACAAUACUGGGCUUGUUUGAGUUGUGUUACAGAGUUACAAACCAGCAGAUCCACAGAGUGAUGCUGCUCAGAGUUACAAACCAGCAGAUCUACAGAGUGAUGCAGCUCAGAGUUACAAACCAGCAGAUCCACAGCGUGAUGCAGCUCAGAGUUACAAACCAGCAGAUCUACAGAGUGAUGCAGCUCAGAGUUACAAACCAGCAGAUCUACAGAGUGAUGCAGCUCAGAGUUACAAACCAGCAGAUCUACAGAGUGAUGCAGCUCAGAGUUACAAACCAGCAGAUCUACAGAGUGAUGCAGCUCAGAGUUACAAACCAGCAGAUCCACAGCGUGAUGCAGCUCAACAUGCUUUUAAAGAGCAAGACGUGACAUUUUAACAGUUUUUAUUAAGCUCAUUUUCCUUAUUUGCUUAUUUGCUUAUUUACUAUACAGUGUUAUAUAUUGUAGGCAGAGAGCUGUCUUUCACUAAAGCGCUGAUUCGAAUGGUUUGAGGAAUGAGGAGUCUUGCUGUCGUGUAUCUUGCAGUGUAAAAGCACAGCCAUGGCGCACACAGCUCUCUGUAAGCUUUUGUUUUACUUAUUCAUCUUUUAUAUACCAUCAUAUUUUGUGAUUUUCAUUUACACGGUAGAAUAAUCCUUUUGGAAAAGGUGUUGUGUAAUCUCAUGUUAGUGUUCUUACAUGAUUAUAAUCCUCAUUGUUAUUAGUGUUGUAAUCAUUAUUAUUAUUAUUAUUAGUGGACAGUCCCAUGAAACUAUGAAUUGUGUGGUUCUCUUCCCUCCCUUAUAAAAGUUUACCAUGGUAUUAUUGCAGAUUUACUAUUCUUUUACCAUGGUUAUACUAUGCAUGUAAUAUUUUUAGUUUACCCUGAUUUGACAUGUUUAUUAAUAUGCUUUAUGAAACCUCUUUGCUUUACAAUGCUUGCCUAUGUUUUGCCAUGCUUUCACUGCUAAAUUACACUUUGCUGUAUUUUAACUAUUAAAAUCUUCUGUAAAGGUUAGUUUUAAAA